CACCUCUGCAACAGUUAUUGUGCUGGCUCCGCUGCAGUGUCUGCUACUGCUGACCGAAUGACUGACUGAGUUUCCCGCCUCCACCAACUUAAACGCAACUUUGUUUUACUACGGUUGCUGCGGGACUCUGCAAACAUAACAGUCAAUUUCUGAAACCAGGAUGAAGUUUCACUCAGUUUCGCGUGAGGCGGUUUUCUGGUGUGACUUGCUGCAACGUGUUCUGAGGCCCUGAGGUCUUGGGAGAAGAGGUUAAAUUUGGGAGGGGCGAAAAAAACUGAGAAGACGCAGCCGUCACUUUCUACGGCAGUCAUCCUGAAUCUUCCACUUUAGACAGACCCACUGAGAUACAUUCUCUGAUCCCAAGGCCAUCAUCUUAGGAGUAGUUUGCCAGAAGCUUGUCCUCGGUGUAAGUUGAGCAAGGAGGAUCUGUCAACAGGUGCCUAGUGAUAUGAGGGUUCGUGUGGCGAAACAGGUGCAUAUUGGCCUCAUGAGCUCCAUGGCCUCCGACAGGGCCUCCGCUGUGCUGGGAGUGAAGAGCCUUGGUAAGGAGACUUCGGCGAAUAAUGGAGAUGCUCUCAUAUCCGUGAACUACGGCUUGCCUGAGAACGAAUCCCCUCGGUUUUCAUUCGAGACUUCAGAGGGGGACUCACCAUGCACAAAGUGCAGAAUGCGGAAGUCUUUGGAUACUAGGUCUAGAAGUUUGGAUUGCUUAGACGAGACCUACAGGUCCAAAAGCUGCAGCUGUGGGGCUGCAAGGCACGGGGAGGAAGGGUUGUACGUGUGCCAGAUGUGUGGGUUUUGCGAUCCAGUGGAAAGCGAAGAAGUCUGCCCGGAGAAUAGCUUUCCUCCUAGAAGCUGGGGAACGGUGCCCCAGCAGACGAAAGCAGAAGGGUUUUCUUCUGAUGUUACUUGCCUUGCUGGAGAGCGGCCAACGUUGAGUGGCUCGGAUGACGAACUGUGCCAGAUGGAACUCGUAAUCGGCCAAAACACGGAGAGCCUGCCGUUCUGUGGGCUGGAUUUGAGGCGAAACAGUGUGCCUGUAUCCUCACCACAAGGGCCUCAAUGCACCAAUGGUUGCGGCACUGCCAUGAAUAACAAAAUGCGUGACAGAACGGACUUUGUAUGUGCCGUGUGCCAUAAAAAUGGCUUCUCUAGUUUGGAAAGGCUCAACAGGAAAAGCAAACCCAUGUGCUCUCAGGACAGAUGCCUUAAGAGGUCCACGCCAUUCAUGUUGUCUGUACCUGACUGUAGUGACAGCGAGGGCUCUGUGUCCGAUAGCGAGUUUGUGCGUAACAAGAAAGAGCGCUCUACUGUCCUGGUCAGGAGGUACCUCAAGAACAACCAGAAGAUCAAAAAGACAGUGUGCACCGGCACAAGAGCUAUAGUGAGGACUCUACCCACCGGCUGCAUCUCUGACAGAGUCUGGGAGUCUGUUUGUGGGAAAACAUGCCACCUUGGUGAUGAUGCGAGAGGAUACAGCAGAGCUCUUCAGGCCAUCCAGCUGCAUGUUUCCAGGGCCCUUCUCACAUACCCAGGGGUCAGGUUUGCCGAGAUUGACCAUGUUGAUCCUACCCUGAGUCCUGAGGUCUAUCUCCUGCACCCGUCCAGAAAGCUGCUUGCCCAGGCUGUGUCAUGGCCACCGGUCUCCCCGUCGCGGAUUAGAUUUAGGGCCUGUCCUCCUAGAACCAGCAUUGCAGCUCGUCUAAGCGGGGCCCUGCUGGAGGCCACAGCUGCUCUCGGGGCCCGAAGUUCUCUGCCCGGCUUCACUGUUGGCUCCACAGGUCGAGCGAUGCUGAAAGAACGGCAGCUGUGCAGCUCCAUGGCCAACUCCAGCAUCCUCCCGUCCACCGUGACGGGCAUCAGUAAGGAACUAGCCAACCUGCGGCACCUCAUCCAGUUCCCAGAGGAGAUCGCCACCAUCCUGACAGAACAGGAGCAGCAGCUGUACCGCCGCGUCUUCCCCCUCGACUACCUCAGCUUUCUCACCCGAGACCUGGGAAGCCCAGAGUGCAACAAACGCCACCCGCACCUGAAAGCCUCCUUGUCCGCCCCCAUCAUGCCCACUCAGAAUGACCACCACAACACAGUAGAAGACCUCGUCACAAGAUUCAACGAGGUGAGCUCAUGGGUGACCUGGCUUAUCCUGACUGCUGGGUCCAUGGAGGAGAAGAGAGAAGUCUUCUCAUACCUUGUCCAUGUGGCAAAGUGCUCCUGGAACAUGGGCAACUACAAUGCGGUCAUGGAAUUCUUGGCAGGUCUCAGGUCUCGCAAAGUGCUGAAAAUGUGGCAGUUCAUGGACCAGGUGGAUAUUGAGACCAUGCGUGGUCUGAAGGACGCCAUGGCCCAGCAUGAAUCAUCCUCUGAGUACAAGAAAGUGGUCAACCGUGCCCUUAACAUCCCUGGAUGCAAAGUGGUGCCCUUCUGUGGCGUGUUCCUUAAGGAACUUAGCGAGGCUUUGGACGGUGCAGCCAGCAUUAUUGGACUGCGUCCAUCAUUUGAUUCUCAAAAAGAUCCUGUUGAGUUUGUCACCGACUACAACGGCCAGCAGCACUUCCUGCAGAGGGUCGGGAGCAAUGGGCUCCACAGCUCAGACAAGGAGGCGACCGUUAGUAACAUUCUGCAGACGAUUCGCAGCUGCAACCGAAGCCUGGAGGCAGAGGAGCCUGAGGAGAAGGCACAAGAGAUCACAGUUUGCCCCAAAAAUUCCUUCAAAGACAAGAGCAGAAACCAGUUUUUAGUAGGGGACCUCUCAGACUCUGAAGUGGACCCGCUUGAGCCGGCUAAGGAUGCAGACCUCCAGACCACAGAAGAGGUGCAUGGACCAUUUAGCCACGGAACAGAGCUCAUCCCCUGGUACGUGCUCUCUCUUCAACCAGAUAUCCACCAGUUCCUGCUCCAGGGAGCAACCGUUAUCCACUACGACCCCGAGACCCACCUCACCGCCCGCUGCCUCCUCCGUCUACAGCCCGAUAACUGCUUCCUUACCUGGUCCAAGCCCCACAGCAGCUGUGGCCCAGGUAGAGGAGCCAGAGGCUUCAUGGGACAUCCACCAUCCCCAGACCACUUACCCCUGGGCCAACCUGUGCACUGCGGACUGACCGAUGGACUCCUAGACCUUAACGUGGUGAAGGCCGUGUUUAUGGGUCACCCUGGAUUGGAUGUUAACUAUGUGUGCCUGCAGCACAAACUGUGUAACAUGAACCCUGGCGAAAAUGGUGUCACGCUGCUAUAUGGACUUCACACCACAGACAACAGGCUCCUGCACUUUGUGGCCCCCAAGCACACGGCACAAAUGCUGCACGAGGGCCUCCAGGAGCUGCUCAGUGCCAUCAGGAAGAUCAGGAAGUUUCCUGACCAGAGACUACAAUGGCUGCGAAAGCAGUUUGUUAGUUUGUACCAGGAGGAUGGUAGAUUUGAGGGGCCCACACUGGCCCAUGCUAUCGAGCUGUUCGGUGGGAGACGCUGGAAUAUGGGUGCUAGCGGCCCUGGAUCCGCCAGCAAGAGUGCGGAGAAGAGCUCAGCCCAGAAAAACAGCCCGCUGGGCAUUAACUCCAACGUCAAGAAGAAGAAGAAAGCCUUAGUCAGGGGGGACAGUGGUGAUGGAACAGAUGAUGAGAUGAUCUCACGCAAGACCAGGAGCUGUAAAGAGACUUUGGGGAGGAGAGAAUCAGACCCUUUGGAAAGUGUUGAGCAGGAAAACGCUGAGGACUGCAGUACCUUUGGCCACCCUGGAUCCCUUUCCUUAUCCAACAGCAAAGGCCAGUCUCCUGGAUCCUCCUUAUCCUCCUCCUCAUCUUCCUCUGGCUCCUUUAGCACAAACACCUCCACCCCUACCCGCCCUCAUUCCUCCCCCAAUCUCCCCGGCAACUCCAAAAGUCAACCAGGGGCUUGGAGCAGUCGGAGCUGGCAUGGUCGAGGGAAAGGCUGCUUCAGGGGCUUUCAGGACCUCAUGAUCUCCGACAGCAUCAUGAGCUUUGUUGAAUUUGUGGAGCUCUUCAAGUCUUUUAGCAUUCGCAGUCGCAAGGAUCUGAAGGAACUGUUCGACACUUAUGCCGUGCCUUGUAGUCGCUCGGGUCCUGACUCUGUCCCACUCUACACCACACUGAGGAUUGAUGACAAACUCACAGGAUUGCAGCCAGAUCUUGAUCUCCUGACUCGCAACGGUUCUGACCUGGGCCUUUUUAUCCGCACACGUCAGCAAAUGUCUGACAACCAGAAGCAGAUUUCAGACGCCAUCGCAGCUGCUAGCAUCGUGACCAAUGGCACUGGAGUGGAGAAUUCAUCCCUGGGUGUGCUGGGACUGGCCAUCUCUCAGCUCAAUGACUUCCUGGUCAACUGUCAGGGAGAACAUCUGAGCUAUGAUGAGAUCCUCAGCAUCAUACAGAAAUUUGAGCCUUCUUCAAACAUGCGUCAGAUGGGGUGGAUGUCCUUUGAAGGAUUUGCCAGGUUUCUUAUGGACAAGGACAACUUUGCCUCUAAAAGUGAGGAGUCUCAAGUGAAUCUGGAUGAGCUCCAGUUUCCGCUCUCGUACUAUUACAUCGAGUCCUCUCAUAACACAUACCUCACGGGCCAUCAGCUGAAGGGAGAGUCUUCAGUGGAGCUCUACAGCCAGGUGUUGCUGCAGGGCUGUCGUAGCGUUGAGUUGGACUGUUGGGACGGGGACGACGGCAUGCCUGUUAUAUACCAUGGACACACUCUUACUACUAAGAUUCCCUUCAAGGAUGUUGUCGAAGCCAUUAAUCGCUCAGCGUUUGUGAACUCAGAGAUGCCCGUGAUUCUGUCCAUCGAAAACCACUGCUCUUUACCACAGCAACGCAAGAUGGCUGAGCUUUUUAAGACAGUGUUUGGUGAGAAGCUGGUGACCAAGUUCCUGUUUGAGAGGGAUUUUGGGGAUGAGCCUUUGCUUCCGUCUCCCCUGCAGCUCCGAGGGAAGAUCUUACUGAAAAAUAAAAAGCUGAAAGCUCACCAGGCUCCAGUGGACAUUCUCAAACAAAAGGCACAUCAGCUGGCUCACAUGCAGGCCCAGGCCAACAACGGCUCAGUCAGCGGAACAUCCCUGGGAAACAAUGACGAAGAAGAAGAGGAGGAAGACGAGUAUGACUAUGAUUAUGAGUCACUGUCUGAUGCUGAUGUCCUCAAUGCUUCCACAGCCUCUUAUGGCCAGGAAGACAAUAUUCUGGACGACAAACCCGAAGGCAAGUCAUCCACUGAGAAACUUCAGUAUGAGUCCAAUGAUGAGAUGCCCAAGCGGUUUAAGAAAGCGGGAAGCAAAGGAAAGAUGUUUGACAUGGAGCUCGGAGAGGAGUUCUACCUGCCCCAGAAUGAGAAGGAGAGCAGACAGAUCGCUCAAGAGCUCUCUGAUCUGGUCAUCUACUGUCAGGCUAUCAAAUUCCCAGGCCUCUCCACCCUCUCCCCAUCAGGCUCUGGAAGGGGAAAAGACAGAAAAAGCCGGAAAUCCAUCUUUGGCAGCGCUCCUGCUCGCGGAAGCCCUGGGGAGCCUGUGACGUUGGUCCGAGCUCCAGGGAAAGCCAGUCUGGAGGGCAUUCGAAUGAACUGGGAGGAACAAACAUCACUAACGCUGAGCCCGAGCACCUCUCUCAGCUCCAUCAUCCGCACACCCAAAUGCUACCACAUCUCCUCUGUCAAUGAGAAUGCUGCAAAGCGUCUGUGUCGCCGCUACUCCCAGAAACUCAUCCAGCACACCAGCUGCCAGCUGCUCCGCACGUACCCUGCAGCCACACGCAUCGACUCCGCCAACCCCAAUCCUCUCAUCUUCUGGCUGCACGGAAUCCAGCUGGUCGCCCUCAACUAUCAGACCGACGACCUGCCCAUGCAGCUGAACGCAGCUCUGUUCGAGGCUAAUGGUCACUGUGGUUAUGUGCUGAAGCCUCCGGUCCUGUGGGAACGAAGCUGCCCUCUCUAUCAGCAAUUUUACCCUCUGGAUCGAGACCUAGAGAACAUGACCCCCACGCUCUACACUCUCACUAUUGUGUCGGGACAGAAUGUGUGUCCGGGGAACUCAAGCGGCAGUCCCUGUGUGGAAGUGGAGGUGUUGGGCAUGCCGGCAGACAGCUGCCAUUUCCGCACCAAGCCCAUUCACCGCAACACACUCAAUCCCAUGUGGAACGAGCACUUCCAGUUCCACGUGCACUUCGAGGAUAUGGCAUUUCUGCGCAUCGCUGUCGUGGAGAACAACAGCUCACAGGUCACCGCUCAGCGGAUACUGCCCCUCAAAACCCUCAAACCAGGCUACAGACACCUGCAGCUGAGGAACCUGCACAACGAGUCUCUGGAGAUCUCUAGUCUGUUCAUCUUCAGCCGCAGGACAGAAGAGAGCCCCACCGGAGGACCAGUGCCUGCGUCUGUGCUGUUCAGCACGGAGGAAAGACGCGCCGCCCAGCAGCACAAAGUGACAGUGCAUGGAGUUCCAGGCCCCGAACCCUUCACCGUAAUCUGCGUUAAUGAAUACACCACGGCCAAGCAGCUCCUGGACUCUUUGUUUCCGACUACCUCCUUCAACUACUUCCUGAUGGAGGAGAAAAUGCCUCUGUGCAAGGAGAAGAGCGAGUCGAAGAAAGCGCCUCAGCAGCGCCCCCUAGCGAAUGACGAGCGGCUCCUGAGAGUUACUCACAGCUGGCAGCCGGAGGAAGGAUAUGUGGGCAGAAUAUACCUGAAAACCAAGGAAGAGCAGAACAUCAGUGAGAAGAACACAGUGAUGGAGGGGGUGGAGGAGGUGAGCAGCGGAGAGGACGACAUGUUCCUCGUGCAGGUUCAUGAUGUUUCUCCUGAGCAGCCUCACACGGUCAUCAAAGCCCCGCGUUACAGCACCGCCCAGGACAUCAUCCAGCAGACUCUGAGCAAAGCCAAGUACUCUCUGAGCAUCCUGAGCAACCCUAACCCAUGUGACUACGUCCUGAUGGAGGAGGUCACUAAAGACGCGGCUGGAAAGAAAUCCUCCUCGGCUAAACCGUGCCAGCGUGUGCUGCAGGACCACGAGUGUGUGUUCCAGGCUCAGAGCCGCUGGAAGGGAGCUGGGAAGUUCAUCCUCAAACUCAAGGAGCAGAUCGCUCGUGAGGACAAGCGUAAGGGCGUGUCUUUUGCCAGUGAGUUACGGAAGCUGACGGGACGGAGUCGGAGCUUGACUGUGAACACGAACGGUUCAGCGGCUCACGAGUCGACACACAGUAAGGAAGAGAAGGCUGCAUGUCCCAGCAUGGUGCCUCUGCCAGAGGCCUCGGAGUGAAGGAGCGCUCUGCAGUGUGUGUGUGUGCAGUGCAUGGAGCUCUCACGAGGGUCUCUGUCGAUGGGGCUGAAGGCCUGGAUGGUCGAGGGACGCUUGGGUUCUCAGAGCGAUCGGGCCCCUGCCCCGUCCCCCUGGACCCUCCCGCUGCUGUGGAACUGGAAGCUGCAUAAGUGAGUCCAGACCCAGAGCAGCACCUCUAGUGUUCACUCCUCUCACGUGAGUGCGAUACAGUGCAGCCUGACGGCCGCUUGAGCUCGUCCCGUGCAGAACACGAUGGUCUGCGUGACCUGGGCUUGCUGAUGGGUGGAGGACGCUUCAGUCACUUCAGCAUGUUACCGGAUGUCAGAUGAAGGCAGUUUCUCCUCACUUCCUAUACUUCUUUUCCUUUUUUAACAGUACUGUAAGUGAAUGCAUCUGUAUGCAUUUCAUGUUUUAUUUGUGGUUUUGCACAUUACCUUGAAGUCCAGCUAUUUUAAUACUUUAUUUACAUCCCUUUUUUUGGAUUUGCUGAAAUGAAAUCGAGCAGCAUAAUGCUCCCAGCACGUUAGUGUAACGCUAUCCUUUUUUGUUUGUUUUUUAGAAGCAAAAUGAUUGACUUCCAAACUUUAGGAUUACUUUUAUGAAUGUAAAUAUGGCGAUCGAGUUCACAGCAAAGGUGCACAGAAAGAUGCAAGGCAGAUUUGUUCUGCAUAUUUUAGCAGCUAAUUUAAUUUGAUGGCUUUCAUUGCACACGUCCUGCACUGCAUUUUAAUGACCAACAGCAAAAAAAAAAAA